UCUGACUCCCAGGCUACUGAAUGGAAUUGUCCCUGUUGAGAGUAAAGCAAUUGGAAAAACCCCCCAAAUCAAACCCUAGAAUUGAAGAAAUCACCAUGGCAAGCCCCUCUCAAAUUCAAGAGCUCGACCCAGAUCCUCCUUCAAUUCAACAGCAAAACUCCCCCCAAAUCGAAAACCCCAUUUCUAAUCUUGAAGAAAUCACUCAUCAAAACGAUCACCCAUCUCCCAAAACCCUAGAAAUGUCAAGAAUUCAAGAUCCAGAAAGGUCCCACCCGGUUCUUGAGGAGUCCCAUGUAAUUCUUGAUCUAGAAGAGCAAGAGGAAGAAUUUUCAGGUAAUGUUAUCAGCACUAAUACUAAGAUUCGUAGUCGUAGCAAAGUUUAUAAACGUAAAAAGCGUGGUGGAUCGAUGAGACAACUAACAAUUGAUAAGAAAGUUGAUAACUUGCUUAAAUGUGUGAACUUUGUGCCUUUUAUGCCUGCUAAAAGACUUGAUUUCGAUAAGUACGAGCAUCUGUUGAAAGAACUUGGUUUGUGGGAUUUUGUUCGACUCGAGUUUGAUGAUGUGGUUAGAGCUGAUUGGAUUAGCCAGUUGAUUGUGUCUUUUGACAGUGCUAAGAGAUGCUGUUUUGUGAAUGGGGUUAGGAUUUAUAUGUCUAGGUCUAGUUUUGUUAAGGCUUUGAACUUGCCAAAGCCGAGCAUUAAGAAGGAGAAGGUGGUUGGGAGUGUGGCGGAGGCGGCCAUAGAUUUGGAUGCUGAAGGGGAAAGGGUGUCGGAGGACUGUGUUAAGUUUUUGGAGGAUCUUGUGUGGAAUUGGGUGGUUUUACAUGGGGAUGAUUGGGUGAUGCCGAAUGAGAUUAGGGGUUGGAUGGGGUUGAUUAGAGAUGGGCAUCCGGAGAGAGUCGAUUGGGGUGGUAUGUUUUGGGUUAUGGUUGAGAAUGAGUUGAAACAAAGGGGGGAUCAAUUACGUGAGUGUUACUAUACCUCACAUUUGCAGUACUUCAUCAAGUCUCAUUGUAAGGUGUUGCCUGAUGAAGACAGCAAAAAGUUUGGGGCUGAUGAGGGAAGUAAAGAAGAAGGGAAAUUAUUGAGUGAAGAGGACAGCAGAGAGGCGGAAGUGGAGCAAGUAAAGUCUCAGCCUAUGGAUUUGUUUGAGGAAGUGGGAUUAAAGGUUGUGGCUGAUGAGGGAGCUAAUAAAGAAGUAAAAUUAUCGAGUGAAGAGGACUACAAAGAGGUGGAGGUUGGAGAAAUAAAGAAAGACGAGGACUUGAUGGAAGAGCCACAUAAGGUGGCUAAGGAGGGAAUUAAUGAAGAGGUAAAACUGUCGACUGAAGAGGACAAUAAAGAGUUGGAGGUUGAGGAAAUAAAGAAAGAUGAGCACUUGUUGGAAGAGCCCCAUAAGGUGGAUCAGAAGGUAGCAGAAGAAGGGGACUUGUCGAGUGAAAGGAUGCAUGGUGUGGAGUUGGUGGAAAAGGAAAAGGAAGGGCCUAAUGAGGCAGAGGUCGAAAAAGUGAAAGAAGACACUGAUGGGAGUCUAUUCGACUCAAUUAAGGAAGUAGACAAUGUUGUUUUAGGACCCAAUAUAGAAUUAGCUUUGGGGCAGCAAGAUGUAGUUGAGAGAGAAAAGAUCAACGGUUUUAACAUGAUGGACGUUGAAGAAUGCAAGGAGAAAAGGCAUGAUGAUCUGUAUUUGGGUGCAAGUGACCACGGGAGAAAGCCUUUCUUGCGGCCUUGUAUUUUAGGAGAAGGCAGGGGUUCGGAUGGCAACGGGGAAGGGAAACAGGAAGUUGAGCAGCUACAGAUGAAAGGAGAGCAGAUGGAAGAAGGGCAGCAACUCAUACAAGAAGGGAAGCAUAUGGAAGAUGUGGAGCACAUACAGAGGGGGGAGCAGAUGGAAGAGAUGGAAGAAUUGCAAGGGUGGGAGCACAUGGAAGCAGAAGAGACUGAUGAUGUGGAUGAGGUGGAAGUAGAUGAGCUUGAAGUGGAUGAUACGGAGGAGCAGGUUGAGGUAGAAGAUGAGGAUGAAGAACUAGAGGAUGGGAUGGAGCAUGAUAUUCCUCAAAAUUAUGGUUCACCAGGAGGGGCUGGUUUACCAGGUGAUCUACUCCAAGCAUUUGAAACUACCCAGCUGGCUUCAAAUUUGCAGGGACAACAAAUUCAUGAAAACUCUUCAAUGGAGCUUUUUGCUCCAAAUGCUGAAACACAUUUGAUGAUGGGUGGUCCGUCCAUGUAUGGUAAUGGUCAGAAGAGACCCAUUGACUAUGAACAGAAUACAUCACAUCCUAAUGAAAGUAAGAGGAUCAGGACUGAAGGUGGAUGGGAUCCGAAAAACUCAGAGUUUGGUUUCUGCAUGGGCCAAGCUGAACAAUUUAUGGAGAAGGCCAAGAUCAUGUAUGCGGAGAAGGAACAGGCUUAUCAUGAAUUAAAUAUGCAUCAGCAGUACUUACUCCGUGAGGUGCAGCAAAGGGACGAUUACAUCGAAAGUCUGGAAAGGAACAGUAAUGAGUCACUACAGAAAAAGGAUGCAGAGAUAUACCGGCUUGAACGUGAGCUCGGUCUACUUACAGAGCUUGUCAAUGGUUACAGGGAGGCAUUGAAAGAAAACAGAAGAGCUUUCCUGGAAUACAGACAGCGCUGUCAACUUCCUGAAGAACCUAUUUACAAGGACGCUGGUCCAGGAGGUCUUGUAUUGAGCGUCACAGAGAUAGAGAAGCAGCGCCAACAGCAAGAGAAUGAAGAUAGGUUGACGCGAUUAAUGAUUGAACAGAAGUUUACUGAAGCAUUUGAGGGCUAUUGUAACCAGUUUGAGGUACUUCUUUACAAGGUUCAGUUAAUUGACUUGGAAAGAUUGACACCUAUCGAGAAUGAGGUGAAACUUCUUAAAGAAUUGAGCACAACAAAACGCAGAGCUUCAAAGAAGGAUGAUUUGGUGCCUACUGAAAUAGUAUCACCUUCUGCCUAGAAAGUUGGAAAAUGACGGUGCUGUGUACUGGAUUCUCACUGGACGCAUAUUUAGGAGGAGAUGAAUGAACAGAACUUGCAGCAUUUUCCAUGUUCUGGAAUCUCUUCUUGCAACACAUUAGUACUAGUUUGUUUGUAAUGUGCAGGGCUCCUAAUUCCGCUGCUUAUAUACUAUGGUUUCGAGCAUCAUAGAUCUUUUGUUGAUAACCCCAACUGCUGUGGGGUAUCUUGGGAGAUGGAUUUUAAAUAUUUAAACUGAAUGUUUUUUUCUUUGAACUGCAAUUAAACUGAAUGUUUGUUAGCUGCUGA